AUGGCUACUCGGGGGUGGAAAGUGUCCCAGGUUCCUGUGCAGGUGUUGCUGGUGUUGCUGGCGGUGCUGUUAGUCCCGAUUCGGGGUGAAAUGCGUAAAUCCUGGCAGGCAAAGAGUGGCGACGUUCAAGCGCAGCUGCUGAAAGCGGCUCGGUUUGAAGAUGUUCCCGGAACAGAGGCUCCAACACCUAAAGAUCUUCCUGAUGAUCGUCCUUUGGAGCCAUCAACAUCCACGUUGGCUCCAAGUACGACGGCCCCAGAGCCCAGCGUAAAACCACAGGCUCUUUUCAGCAGUCGCGUACGCAACAAAUCCACCAUCGUGAGUGCUCCUGUACCCUCGAAUCCUUCCGUUCUGGAAAGCACGGGAGGACGAGACGUUCCACUGACCCAUCCCGAGCAGCAUCCUGAAGAAGUUCAGGUGGAUGACGCCACCGUACAGGACGAUGACGAUGACGAGGAUGAUGAUGAUGAGGAUGACGUGCUGGGCUGGGGCAAAGAUGCGCCAGGACACGAGCGAUACGAUCUGAUCGAGAACAUCCUCGAGGAGGUGGAAGCGAGAGUGUCGCAGGACGAUAAACCAGACAAGGACGAACCACCGGUGAAUGAGAAACCGACGGCCCACUCGAAGGAGUACACGUUCCCACCGGUGUUGAAUAUGACCAUCGACGAGCCGAACAACAUCGUACGGGUCAAGCUGAAUCAGGACGUCGUGCGAGAGAUGCUGAGUACGGGACGUCAAGCAGGCGGUGGUAUCGGUGGCAAGAAGAUGCUGCGGUACGUGUUGCCGCUUUUUAUCCUGCCAUUUCUGAUCCAGUCCGCCGUCAUCCCGUUCAUGUUGACCGCAGUGAAGCUGUUCCUGCUCAAGUCGCUGAUGGCGGGUAAGCUGGCGAUAUUCUUGCUGCUGUUAGGGGCGUUCAAAAACUUUACCAAAAAGGAUCGGGACGUGUACGUGAAGGAUCUGCCCGACAGGCGGUAUGAGCCGUCUAGUGAGGGCUUUGCCUACCUGGCCGAGGGUCGGCCGAGUGGUUGGGUGAACUAG